ACAUAUGAAGAAGCUUACAAUACGUUACAACAGGCUGAUUAUACCUCUGUACAGAACUCAUUACGAACAUCAGUUGAUAGGUCUGGUAUAACAGCUGUUGUCCACUUUCUGUUUGGACCACCCAAAUUAAAUCGUGACUUAAUCAAAGGGAGGGAAUUCAUCUUCUGUCUUUCAGCAAGUUGUAUAGAUAAUGAACAGCCUAGCCAUGGUAAAAUGUUACAGAGUAUUUAUAGAAUAUUAACAGGUUCUAGGUUUGAUUCACCAAGAAUAGGUUCACAUUGGGAAGAGAUCGGAUUUCAAGGUAUCGAUCCUGGUACCGAUCUACGAGGUGUUGGAAUUCUGGGAUUAGUUCAGUUAUUGUACUUCCUACAGCAUACUAAAUAUGGUCAGAUAGCUCGAGAUAUCUAUAAACUCUCCCUACAUCCUACACAGAAUUUCCCGUUUUGUGUUAUGGGUAUUAAUAUCAGUAGAAUAUGUUUACAAUCUUUACGAGAAGAUUUUUUAAACAAAGAGAUAAAUAAAAGAAAAGAUGUGAUGUCUACAGUCAAUGAUUUUUAUAUUGGGUCCUACUAUUAUCUAUAUACACUGUGGAAACAGGGCAAAACCAUCGCAGAUUCUGGAUUUGUUUUAAAA